AUGGAACUUGGAAGGAGGAAUACCAAGAAAUACACUUUCAAAUGUCCUGACUUAACAAAGUUGAAAAAGUUGUGUUCUACGAUAGUUAGUCCAGAGAAUUUUAGAGCUCAGUAUGGAAGACUUGUGGGUAUCUUGAAGACCAAGGUUGAAGAUGGAGUUCUUAACACCCUGGUACAGUUUUAUGAUCCACUCUACCAUUGCUUCACAUUUCCAGACUACCAGCUUAUGCCUACUCUAGAAGAAUACUCUUAUUGGUUUGGUUUGCCAGUCUCUAACAAAUUACCAUUUAGUGGUUCAGAGAAGACCCUUACACAAGCAACUAUUGCAGAAGCACUUCACCUAGAAAUAUAUGUUAUGAAGGCCAACUUCAUUAAAAAAGGAGGGAUUCUAGGUCUAACCUCUAGAUUCCUGAUGGAGAAAGCCUUUAACUUUGCAGAAGCAGAUAGUAAAGAUGCCUUUGAAGCCACUUUUGCUCUACUCAUUUAUGGAAUUAUGCUCUUCCCAAACAUUGAUGACUUUGUCGAUGUUAAUGAUGUACGAAUCUUCUUAAUUGGUAACCCAGUACCCAUAUUACUUGGAGAUACCUACCAUUAUAUCCAUCACAAGAUUAAGAAAGGUGGUGGAACCAUUCUUUGUUGUGCACCUCUCCUAUAUAAGUGGUUUAUUUCUCACUUACCCAGAUUCAGGAUCUUCAGGAAGAAUCGAUAA